AUUUACCCCCACUUUUAGUAGUAGCUGCGUCAGGCGUGGUCGUUCGUUAGGGACCGCAGUAUAUCCGAGUCGGGCGAGUCGUAUGAAUCGGUCUGUGCUAUCGCUUGUCAACUAUUGUUGGCAAGACUGUGUGCAUAUACGCGCGCGUGAGUUAGUGUUAGUGUAUGUGCUUGGCAGAGAGGUCGUUUAACUUUUUCUCCCCCACUGUUGUUUUUUUUCUUACUUGAGAAUCGGUGGAACGAAGAAUAACGUCACUUAAAUCUUUUUUUCGGAAAAAAAGAAAAGGAGAACUAGUCGAUAAUGAAACAAUGCAUAGAAAAGUGAGAGUGAACGUGGCCACGUUCGGCCGGUUUGCCGACAGCGUGAAUCACCAGCAACACCGGCGUUCAUGAGCCCACGCAGUGCUAACCGAUGCACGAUUUCUCUCUUUCUCUUCUUUCUUUUACUCUUUUUCUUACUAUUCUCUUUCGCUCUUUAUUCUGUAUUACAUACUUCGCACUCCCCUCUAUACGAAAGUGUUAUUUCACACGCGUACGCAAAUUUUUUGUUCAAGUGUGACAGAUAUAAUACACAAAAUCAUAAUAACAAAAAGAAAAAGGGAAAAAAUAUGACAUAACUCUCCAUUAUCAAUUUGCUUGAACGAUAAAAAGGACCAAACUAAAUAUAUUGGGAAUUGUUUCUCAAUAAAGGGGAGAAAGAGAGAAUUGUGUUGAACAUAGAUCACGUGAGAACGUGGAAAUGUCGACCGAAAAUCAAAACGGUUCCGCUGGUACACAAAGCAACGGAAUAAAAACCACAAUUGGUUGGUCGUCGUCCACAAGGACUGUCUCGAACAAUUCAUCGUUUUUACAUACUAGCAACUCGAUGUUGAACCGUGACAAGCCGCGUCAAGUGCCACCACCAACUUUACCGAAAUACACGUCGAGUUUUAAUGCCGGUUGGAAUGGCAGCGGCACAACCGAACGAUUAAGCAGAGAUCGCGAAGUCGGAGGUAGUUACAGGCUGGCAAGCCUUGACAGACUUGCCCUCAGGCAGAGGAUAUUGGACGGGGAAAAAACGAAUGGUGACACCACGUCGAUACAGGCGAAGCGUGAGCUAUUCUUCAAAGGCGAUAACGCCGGAAUAAUAUCGUCUCCAUCUGUGCCAUCGGUCCCGCCUCCACAACCUCCGUCGCAGGCCCCGACGUCGAUGAGCACAUCGUCGACGAGCACGUCGUCGACGACGACCACGACAACCACAACACUUGCUUCGCCUAACACAGCACCGCCAACCUCUUCGACCGUGUACACAAGCGUCACAUCGUCGGCGCCUACCUCGAAGCCACGAUUACCUCCGUCCACGGUGAUCCUAAAUCAAAACGAUGCAUCAGAGGACAGUAAUAAACGGGAGUCGAAUCGAAAUAGCGAGAACAAGGAGACUGCUGUCCUUCAUCAUCCGCGACCAACGCCGCCGACUAAGCCCAAAGAACUCGAUGGUUAUGUGGGAUUCGCAAAUCUACCCAACCAAGUUUAUAGAAAGGCUGUUAAGAAAGGAUUCGAUUUUACUCUGAUGGUCGUCGGUGAAUCAGGACUAGGAAAAUCAACCUUGAUCAAUUCAAUGUUCCUCGCCGAUAUAUAUAGUGCCGAAUAUCCUGGCCCUAGCCUUAGAGUUAAAAAAACUGUAGCCGUAGAGACUAGUAAAGUAUUGUUAAAAGAGAAUGGUGUGAAUCUUACUCUGACUGUUGUUGAUACACCUGGAUUUGGUGAUGCAGUCGAUAACAGCAAUUGUUGGGUACCAGUAAUCGAAUAUAUUGAAUCCAAAUACGAGGAGUUCCUGAAUGCCGAGUCUCGUGUUGUGAGACGACAGAUUCCAGACAGUCGAGUACACUGUUGUCUCUACUUCGUCGCUCCUUCAGGGCAUGGCUUAAAGCCAUUGGAUGUAGAGUUCAUGCAACGUCUUCACGACAAAGUUAACAUUAUACCUGUCAUCGCGAAGGCGGAUACCAUGACGCCAGAUGAAUGUGCUCAUUUUAAGAAACAGAUUUUAAAUGAAAUAGCACAACAUAAGAUAAAAAUCUACGAAUUCCCAGAGGUAGAAGAAGAAGAGGAAAGUAAAUUGCAUAAAGUUCUUAGAGAAAGAGUACCGUUUGCUGUAGUGGGUGCAAAUACCGUAGUCGAACAUGACGGUAGAAAAGUUCGUGGAAGGAAGUAUCCUUGGGGAAUCGCAGAAGUGGAAAAUUUGGAGCAUUGUGACUUCAUAGCAUUACGAAAUAUGGUUAUUAGAACACACUUACAAGAUCUAAAAGAUGUUACAAAUAACGUACAUUAUGAAAAUUUUCGAUGUCGCACGUUAGCGGGUGUUGGAGUGGAUGGGAAACCAACAAAAGUUUCGAAUAAUUUGUGCCCUCCAGGAGUGAUGAACAGUUUCAUGACAGUAUGGAAUCCACUAGCUCAAUUAGAAGAAGAAAAAAGAGAACAUGAUAAUAAAAUGAAAAAAAUGGAAAUUGAUAUGGAACAAGUAUUUGAAAUGAAAGUUAGAGAAAAGAAACAAAAACUUAAAGAUUCAGAAGCAGAUUUACAAAGAAGGCACGAACAAAUGCGACGUUCUUUGGAGCAACAAGUACGUGAAUUAGAAGAAAAGAGACGAGCAUUUGAGGCUGAAAAGUUAGCAUGGGAACAACAAACUGGUCACAGUAUUGAAGAAUUGCGUAGGCGCAGCCUAGAAGCAAAUUCAAAAGAGGCUGUCGAUGGUAAGGAUAAGAAGAAUAAGAAGAAAGGACUCUUUUAAGUCAACUUCAGAAAAACAACAUGAAGAGAAUUUUUUCUUAAAAUAAUCGACAGCAAUUUUUCUUAAAAAAAUAUCAUAUCAAUAAUAUGAUAUCUUUAAGAAAAAUUGAACAAAUUAAUAACAAAUAUUUCAUUUAAAAGAAUGUAUUGAUAAUAUUUUCUGGCUAUUCUAUAUCUGGCUUUUGGAAAUUCUUAUUUGAUUAUUAUUAUUAGAUAUUAAUGUACAUGAUUCAUCAAAGAUAUAUUUUAUGAUUUCUUACACAUUAAUAUAAUGUCGUUUUUCUCUCAAAAACAUUAAAGAUAAAAUAUAAUUCGAGAGAUUUGUUAAUGAAUUAAAAAACAAAAAAGAAUAUGUAUUGCUUAAAUCAUAUAGUUGAUAUUUAUACUGUGUAUAUCGCUCUUCGUUUAUACAACUUCCUCGUUUUACAAGCAUAAAGAUAUUAUGCUUUCAAAAAUAAAAAUGAAAGUGUUUUUUCUAUCAUGUUCAUCUAUGCUUCGCGCUUCCUAUUAUUAAUAUUCAACAAAACUAUAUUUAGCAUAAUUCGACAUAUAUUGUACAAAAUAUAGACAUAAUCUCAAAAAAUGUAAUUUUCUUUAACAAGAGUGAUCAAAAAAAUGGCGAAAGAAAAAUAUGAGAAAUUUCUUUCGAUAUAUCUUCAUUUUUUAUCAAUCUAUUUAUGUCUUUAAUAUUUAUAUGAAUACUUUGAAUAUCGAACAAUUAGUAUUAACAUUGUUUUGUGCAUUGUUUUUGAUAUUUAUAUAUUUGAUAUAAAUGGGUAUUCUGAACUUAAUAAUUAUGUUAAUAAAAAAAUAUAACAUAAAUAUUAUGAAAUAAGAUCUUGAUAAUUCAUGAAGAUUUAAAUAUUAAAUACUAAAAUAACGAUGAUCGCUCUUGAAAACUAUAUGUAAUAUAUAUAAUUGCAUUAACAAAUUCAGUUUAUCAUGAAUUUGAUUGCAGAAUCAUUUUUAGCAAACCAUAAAAAUGUUUUUCUAGAAAAAGACAUUGUAUACUUAUCAAAUUGAAGCGUGAGAUAUAUUAUCGACCUAAUAAGCGAGAGAAGUCUCUGUGUCUAGAGCUAGUAAUAAGCUAUAUCGAUGUUUCUAUUACAUUUGAAAGUGCGUCAUAAACUAAAUUGUUAAAGAAUAGCACAUUUAUAUAAUUAUAAAAGGAUUCUUAUCCUAAAAAACAAAUUGUAUAAAUAAUUGUUUUACAUCAAUCGUAUUCUUCCUUUCAGUAUUCGCUAAAUGCGAGUAACAGCGUGCUGCUUUGUAAUGAAUUAAAUACGAAAAAACUUAAACAUAAGAAAAGAAUAAUACAGAGUAUCACUCA